GCCACGCCCGAGGAGCCCCUAGCUAGCUCGAGGCUCCCCGCCCCGUGCCCCCCGGCGGCGGCGUUUGCGGUCGUCCCGCCAGCCAGCCAGCCGCCCGCCACCGCAGCAGCCGCCAAGAUGGAUCUGCCGAGCCUGGUGGUCGUGCUGCGCGCGGCGCUCAGCCACGCGCCCGAGGAGCGCAAGGCCGCCGAGGCCAGCCUCGAGCAGCUUCAAUACACUCCACAACAUUUGGUGAGAUUAUUGCAAAUCAUUGUAGAUGGAAACUGUGACAUGGCCGUGAGACAGGUUGCAAGUAUCCAUUUCAAGAACUUUGUUGCGAAAAACUGGUCCCCUGUUGAUCCUGAAGAAAAGCAAAAAAUACCAGAGACUGACAAAUCCAUGGUCCGUGAGAAUAUACUGGGCUUUGUCACGCAACUGCCUCCACUGCUAAGAGCACAGCUUGGAGAAAGUAUCAAGACCUUGAUUGUUGUGGAUUACCCUGAGCAGUGGCCUAACCUUCUACAUUGGGUUACACAUAACCUAGAAUCACAGGACCAAAUUUUUGGAGCUUUGUAUGUACUAAGGAUUCUUGCCCGGAAAUAUGAGUUCAAGUCAGAGGAAGAAAGAAUACCUUUGUAUCAAGUUGUUGAAGAAUCUUUCCCUCGUUUGUUGAAUAUCUUCAGCAAACUUGUACAGAUUCCAAAUCCUCCAAUUGAAGUAGCUGACUUGAUCAAGCUGAUAUGCAAAAUAUUCUGGUCUUCAAUUUAUCUAGAAAUUCCUAAACAACUCUUUGAUCCAAAUGUCUUCAAUGCGUGGAUGGUUUUGUUCUUGAAUUUGUUGGAGAGGCCAGUUCCAGUGGAAGGACAACCAUCAGACCCUGAUGCUAGAAAAUCUUGGGGGUGGUGGAAAGUCAAGAAAUGGAUUGCCCAUAUCUUAAACCGUCUAUAUACUCGGUUUGCUGAUUUGAAGAUUCAGAAACCCGAGAGCAAAGCUUUUGCUCAAAUGUUUCAAAAGAACUAUGCUGGAAAAAUUUUGGGAUGCCACUUACAGUUGCUCAAUGCUAUCCGUACAGGCGGCUAUCUACCCGAUAGAGUUAUCAAUCUUAUUCUUCAAUAUCUCACCAACAGUGUUACAAAGAACAGCAUGUAUCAACUGAUGCAGCCGCAAAUGGACAUCAUUAUGUUUGAGAUAAUAUUUCCACUAUUGUGCUUCAAUGACAAUGAUCAAAUGUUGUGGGAUGAAGAUCCUCAUGAAUAUGUCCGGAAAGGCUAUGAUAUUAUUGAAGAUUUGUAUAGUCCUCGAACAGCUGCCAUGGACUUUGUGAAUGAACUUGUAAGAAAACGGGGAAAGGGCAACCUGCAAAAGUUUAUACAUUUUAUUGUGGGAAUAUUUAUGAGGUAUGACGAGGCAUCUAUUGAAUUGAAGCCAUAUCGCCAAAAAGAUGGUGCCCUUCUUGCCAUUGGGACGUUAUAUGAUAGGUUGAAGCAAACUGAUCCAUAUAAGGGUGAGCUGGAGCGGAUGUUGGUUCAGCAUGUAUUUCCAGAGUUUAGUAGUCAUGUUGGACACUUGCGAGCAAAGGCAGCAUGGGUUGCUGGACAGUAUGCACACAUCAAGUUCUCAGACAAGAACAACUUUCGCAAAGCUAUGCAUUGUGUUAUAGCUGGUAUGCGUGAUGCUGAACUUCCUGUCCGAGUUGAUUCAGUGUUUGCCCUCCGUUCUUUUGUUGAAGCAUGCACAGAUCUGGAUGAGAUCCGGCCGAUACUUCCUCAACUUCUCGAUGAGUUUUUUAAGCUUAUGAGUGAAGUUGAGAAUGAGGACCUUGUCUUCACCCUUGAGACAAUUGUCGACAGAUUUGGUGAAGAGAUGGCACCAUAUGCACUUGGCUUAUGCCAGAGUCUGGCCGCUGCAUUCUGGAGAUGCAUGGCUAGUUCAGAAGCUGAUGAGGAAGCCGAGGAUACUAGCGCUUUAGCUGCUGUUGGUUGCUUACGUGCCAUAAGCACCAUCCUUGAGUCCAUUAGCAGUCUUCCUCAUCUUUAUAUCCAAAUAGAACACACCCUGUUGCCUAUAUUGCGCAAGAUGUUGACUUCAGAUGGUCAAGAUGUCUAUGAAGAGGUUCUGGAAAUAGUCUCCUAUAUGACGUUUUACUCACCAUCAAUUUCAUUGGACAUGUGGAGCUUGUGGCCAUUGAUAAUGGAGGCCCUUAAUGAUUGGGCCAUAGAUUUCUUCGAGAAUAUUCUUGUCCCAUUAGACAACUAUGUUUCCCGGGGCACCGAACAUUUUCUUACAUGCAAAGAUCCUGACUACCAACAUAGCUUAUGGAAAGCACUAUCAUCUAUUAUGGCAGAUCAAAACAUGGAAGAUUCUGAUAUUGUACCUGCACCGAAGCUCAUUGAAGUGUUUUUCCAAAACUGCAAAGGCCAAGUAGAUCAUUGGGUUGAGCCGUAUCUCAGGCUUACAAUUGAUCGGUUGCGUCGAACGGAGAAGCCAUAUCUGAAAAGUCUCCUUUUACAAGCGAUAGCUAACACGCUGUACUACAAUCCUUCACUAGCACUUCAAAAGUUACAUACACUUGGAGUUGCAACAGAAAUUUUCAAUCUUUGGUUUGUAAUGUUACAACAAGUCAAAAGGAGCGGCCAGCGAGCUAACUUCAAGAGAGAGUAUGCUAAGAAAGUCUGCUGCUUAGGAUUGACUUCACUUAUUGGCCUUCCAGCUAGUCACGUUCCAGGAGAAGCUCUAGAAAGGAUUUUCAAAUCAACGCUAGAGCUGCUUGUGGCUUACAAGGAUCAAGUUGCAGAAUCUAAGAGGCAAAAUGAAGCUGCUGCUGAAGAUUUGGAUGGCUUUGACGCUGAUGAAGAAGAAGAGGAAGUUGAGUCUGAUAAGGAGAUGGGUCUUGAUGAUGAAGAUGGUGAUGGAGCUAAUAAUUUCAACCCUGAGAGUUUUGCGGAGGUGAGAGGUUUCCACCGAGAAGAUUCAGAAGAUGAUUCUGAUGAUGAAUUUAGCGAUGAUGAAGAGCUACAGACACCAAUAGAUGAGGUGGACCCAUUUAUAUUCUUUGUAGAAACUAUCCAGGCUUUGCAAGCAUCAGAUCCAGGUAGGUUCCAGAACCUUAUGCAGACUUUGGAUUUCCACUACCAGGCCCUUGCUAGUGGUGUAGCUCAGCAUGCCGAGGAACGAAAAACUGAAAUCGCAAAAGAGAAGUUGGAGAAGACAAAUGCACAGUGAUUACUUGUAGCAUGGUCGGGUCAUGUCUUCAGUUUUGCCGAUGCCUGGGACUGGCACGGGGCCAGUAACCUGUGAUCUGGUGAUAGCAGGUGAGGUUUUUUUUUUUUUUUUUUUGCUGCCAUGGCCUACAUGCUUUUGAUAGGCCAGUUUUGAGGCACACUAUUCUAUGGAGAGAAGUGGAUGGCAAUCGUAGCGAGAGUUUAUUGGAGUUCGUUUCUUGAGUGGGUAUUGGGGGGGGGGGGGGGGGGGGGGUUAAUAUAUCUGUGAACGCUUGUGUUGACGCUGUUUUGGGUCAAGAGUCGUGUCACCAUUUUGUUGGUGAGCCCUUCGGGAUGAUACCGUGAACACACCCCAAGGUCGCCCCGUCUGUAGUUUUGGGAGUCCGGUGUAGAGUGUAUAUGAUUUGGGCAAUUGUUGACUAGCUACAAGUCCGAUGGUUCAUAUAUGGUUUCCUUUUCAGAGGACAUUGAAUCAAAA